AUUCUCUAGCCAAUGUCAAGGUUUGCAGUGAGCACUUCCUCCUCUACCCUGAUGUCCAGGAUCUUGCCUACUAAGGUCUCCAAGGGCGUGACUUACAGUAUGUCUGUGAUUGUUCCUGACCAUUUGGCUAACCCUUUCCACAUGUCUGGGGACGUGGAUUUCUUCUUGCUCAGAGAUCAGGAGCGGAAUAAGUCUCUCUCAGAUCGGGAGCCGAAGAAGACUCUGCGAGUGCACGAAAAAAUGACCUACUCGUCCAAAAUGUCGGCCAAGCACACCGGCUUGUGGCGCCAGCUGCAGCUGGAGGACGAGACGGAGGACCAGGAGGCGCGUGCCGAGCAGCUGCGCACCUUCCACGACCACACGGCCUGGAAGCUCUCCAUGACCCAAGAAAGGAAGACGGAGCCUGAAAACAUAAACAGCUACAUAAACCAGAAGCGGCAAAUGUUCCUCAUCCAGUAUGCCCUGGAUGUGAAGCGGAAUGAGAUCCAGCGGCUGGAGAGGCUGGCAACCAGGGAGGAGGCCGAGCUGAAACGGGCAGAGAGGCUCCUGGAGAAGGACGCUGCUCUGUUUGACGAGUUCCUCAGGGAGAACGACCACGGCUCUGUGCAGGCCCUGAGGCUGGCAGAGAAGGAGUCCAAAGCAAAAAUGGAGAAGAUUGUCCAGGUCCGCGACCUGACCACCCAGAUUAUGGACAUCAAAAGUGAAAUCUCCAAAUCUGAAGACACUCUGCAGCGUUACAAGGUCUACAAGGAUUUCCUGUACAAGCUGUCACCCAAGGAGUGGCUGGAAGAACAGGAGAGGAAGCGCUCGGCUCUCAAAAAGGCCAAGGAGGUGGUCACAGCCUUCAAGGAGAACUUGCUAUUCUCCAAGCUCAGGGACAAAGGUAGCAGGAAAGAGGGCAUGCCCGGGUCCCCCCAGGCCCUGCGUCCAGCUGGCGUCUGGGCCACAGGCUCCGCCCCUUCCAUUCCUUGCAGAGUCCCAGCCUGGCCAUGGCCACCCUCCAUCUGGGACCCCUCUCUUGCUUUCCGUAGGACUAGGGGUUAAGGGCAAGACGGACUCCAGAGGUCCAGCUCUGCCCUCCCUGUGCAGGAGGACCCAGACAGUGAUGGGGAGGAGCUGGAGCUGUACUUCACAGAGCCCCAGCAACUCCUGGAUGUCUUCAUGAAGCUGGAGGAGCAGAACCUCUCAUUGGUCCAGAACACCCAGGAGAUGGAGGAGACAUUGGAGGAACUGAACUUCACCCUGAAAAACACUCAGAUUCGCAUGGACAGGGAGGUCAACCAGCUGAGGCAGUGGAUCACCACCCUGAUGACGGCCAUCGCCAAGGAGGAGGAGACAGCUGCCGAGCUGGAGCUCAAAGCCCGUGUCUUCCAUUUUGGCGAGUACAAAGGCGAUCAGGAGGACAAGCUGCUGGAGAGUCUGAACCACAAGGUGCUGGACGUGUACCGGCACUGUGUCGACAGCCAGCAGGAGUCCAGGCUGGGCACCGUGCAGAUGCUGGCCACCAUUGAGCACCAGCUGGAUGAGCUGCUCGAGAGCCUGGAGCGAGUGCCCCAGGUCAGGAUCGAGCAGGCAGAGAAGGCCAAGGAGAAGGAGCGGCGUAUGAGGCUCCGGGAAGAGAAGGUCAAGUUGCAGAAGCAGCUGCAGGAGGAGCGUUUGCAGCGGGCACAGGCCCGGGCCCAGGCCGAGGUCAAGAAGAAGAGAGGCAGGAGACUGGUGAGCCGCUCCCGGCCACCCGCCCUGAGAAGUGCGGAGAAGUCUGAGCACGGGCUGAUGGACAAGGAGGAGGAGGAGCAGCUGUAUUUCUUCACUUAGCCUGCAGCUGCCAGCCCAGCUGCCUGGAAGGGCAGACCGUGGGGAUGCAGAGAUAGGCCCCGGUCGGGCCAUCGCUUCGCCCCCACACAUCGUACUGCUUGUGCCUUCGCUCGUGAAAUAAACUCCCUGUCUCCCCGCUGCCAUGAAGCCUGUCUAAGGAGGAGCCCAGUCUCCGUGUAUCAGCCUUCCAUGGGUCAUUCGAGCCCAGCAGACGCCGAGGGGUGGGCCACCGUGGGCCUUCCCGCAAACAGCUGCCGAGACGAAAGCCAGCUGGGCACAGAUCACAUUUCUACCCCAGGUGAGGUCGGAAUCUGCCCCACUUCCAGCCAGGCCCCAGUUCCAUCUUCUUGGGAGGAUGUUUGAGUAGCUCAGAGACGGUGAGUGAGAACUGUAAGUCGAAUGGAGCAGAACACGUGUCUGCGGAGUAUUAAUUGCAGACCGUGAGUGUGCCAGAGUGAACGUGUUAGAGAACGUGCUUCUGAAGCGUGGGAGUCGGAUUGUUCAGAAAGAGUGUCUAUGAGAGGCUGGUCCUUUGCACACAUCGUCUGUCAACAGUGGUGGUCACGUGCACACAGGAGGCACAGCUGAACGGUGUUGAGUGAGUGGUGGGGUGUGGAGGCUGGGUGGCAGAGUGGAGGUGGGAAGAGUGGUUGUUGAAGAACCCACAGUGCGUGCACAGAGUCCGAGACUCCAUCUGGCAUGGCGUCCUCACUGGGCGAGAAUGGCUGGGGAACAGGAGGACACCAGGUGGGGCUGGACCUCAGGGGAUCUGCAGAACAGCCCUGUCCCUGUGUCUUUCCCCCAGGAAGGGACACCCAGAACUCUGAGAGGAGAACCCUUAGGGGAGAGGUCCCUGGGUGGCACAUAGGCCUGCUUGCGUAAUGUUAUUUUAGGGUCCAUUGUGUUAAUGU